UUGUAUUUUGUAGGCUCAAAUUUAUUUGAAGAAAUUUUGGAGAAGAGAUUUGCAGAUCUACGAGAUCGGCUUCAGUUUGCCGAGGCUUUGAACAGACAGAGAGAAAAUGACUUAUUUAUUCUACGUAAACAGUUCAAUUACUUAUUGACUCAAGUAAACAACGGUACUUCUGUUAACAGUUCAUCAUCUGAUUUGGCUCCUCAUAUUCAGAAUUACCUGAGAAAUUUCAGCGGUUUAUCCAGUCAAGAUGGGAUAUUUUUACCUGGUAUUUUGGCCUAUUUACCUCAAUUAAAUGGUCACCCUGAAUUUACUAAACCACGAUAUAGAUUAUCAGCCAAUAGACAGGAAGUAUCUGUGGUGUUUGGUAUACCAACUAUAAAACGAUCUAAUAUUAGUUAUUUGGAUCAGACGUUACAAUCAUUGAUAGAGGGUCUGGAUUCCACGGAGAAAGAAGAUUGUUUAAUUAUAGUAUUUAUAGCUGAGCCGAAUGAUACUGCGUAUGUUGAGAAAGAAGGCCAGAGAAUUAAAGAGAGAUUUCCAGCAGAAGUGAAAUCUGGUUUAAUCGAGGUCAUAGCGCCACCUGCUGGUUUUUAUCCUAAUUUAGAUAAUGUACAGGAAACCUUUGGUGAUUCCAAACAACGAGUUAAAUGGAGGACAAAGCAAAAUCUGGACUUUUCAUUUUUAAUGUUGUACGCUAAAAAUAGAGGGAUUUAUUAUGUUCAGCUGGAAGAUGAUGUUAUCAGUAAACCAGGUUAUUUAUCAGUCAUAAAAUCAUUUACAUAUCAACAAAAAGACGCCAACUGGUUACUGUUAGAGUUCUCUUCUCUUGGUUUUAUUGGUAAAUUAUUCCGUUCAGCUGAUUUACCGAUGGUUGUUGAGUUUUUUUUAAUGUUUUAUUGUGAUAAACCCAUUGAUUGGUUAUUGGAUCAUUUAAUUCACGUUAAAGUUUGUAAUCCUGAGAAAAAUGCUGAUCACUGUCGUAGAAUGGUGAUGGGUAUGAGAAAGCGUUUUAAGCCGUCCUUAUUUCAACAUAUUGGAUUAAAAUCAUCUCUAGAUGGCAAAAUACAAAAACUUAAGGAUCGUGCCUUUGGUAAAAAUGGUUUAUACAGAGCCCAUGUAAACCCGCCAGCCAAACUAGCAACCUCAUUAAAAACUUACUUAACUUAUACCCUGGUGAAAGCGUAUGUGGGCGAGACGUUUUUCUGGGCCACUACACCCACAGAUGGGGACAUCAUUGACUUCAUUUUAACCCCACCUCAAUUAGUAGAAAAAAUUAUAUUUCGUUCCGGCAAUAGUGAGCAUUCUAGUGAUAUCUUCCAAGAUGCAUCCUUACAAUUGUUAUUUGACGAAGAAUUUGAUGCCAAAGUGGAUGCUAGUCUUCCUUUAGACCCUGGGACUAAAACAAUCGAGAAAAACUAUAUCAUGAUAGCAUUAUUUGAUAAAGAAGGACACGUUGAAAAAACUUUACCGUCAACUAUCGGAAAGAUUAAAACAAUACGUAUACAAUUUCAUAAAAAUACUGAUAAUUGGCUUGUCAUUAGUGAGGUAGAAUUAAUUAUAUAUUGUGAUUUGGAAAAACAAAAUGGACUCACUGCAAAAUACGUUUUAGCAAAAAGGACUAGUAGCAAAAUAAGUCUAAUUGAAGUUAGCGGUUUUUCAUUGGCUUUUAUUUUUAAUUUAGCACUUCAGUUAGGGUCUUAA